ACUACUACGAUGCCAAAGUUGCAUCUCUUGAAGCUGAGAUCCAGCUGCUAAAAACAAGUAAUAAUAGCCAGGUUGCAACGAAUGAAAACAAAUUGAAACAAAAACUCGAUCAUAUACGAGGACAGCAACAGUCUAAAAACAAUAAUCCUCGAUUUUUUUUGAGUGAUGGAGGUUCCCAAUGGAAAUGCCACAACAAACGUGAGAUAAUAUUGUUGCAGAGAAAUUGAAGGUCGAUGUAGACGAGAGUGAUAUUGUUGCUGCAUACAGGGUGAGCCAAGACACUUCUGGUCGGCCAAGGCAUUUGGUGGUCCCUUUUAAAAGUGAUGUUAUCAAGAGCAGCAUUUACAAUAAGAAGAAGUCGCUGAAAGGUACUGGUGUGAUAAUCAAAGAAGAUCUUAAUCAAUUACGUCUGAACUUGGUCAAGGAGGCGGCUGAAAGAUAUGGAUUUAGAAAUGUAUGGACACGGACGGUAAUAUUUUUGCCAAGACUGAAACAAAAGUGGAAAAGAGAACCGCUGACACCCAAUUAGGGAACUGCAGUUGUGUGCAGUGGCAGCACGUUUGGUGGAACAACGGGCUAGAUAACAGUACAAAAGUUCGAUUAUUUACCAUUGAAGGGGACCAGGGAGGUAGCCAUGAAGUGAAGAGGGAACAGCACUCAAGAACAGAUUCGGGAUCUAAGGGUACAUACUGAAAGAUGCUUACUGUUAUCCUUUCUUCGCUACCUCAAUGUGC